UUGGAUGGCGCCGGCUAGGGGAGCGGCGGAGGCGUCGGGCAGACGGGACGGCGCCAUCGAGGGCGGAUGGGGUGGGGGGUUGCGGCGCUGAAUCGCGUACCCUAGGAGGAGGCUGGCUAACGAGCCCAGCCACAUUCAGUCCAGCCGUCAUCUUUUAGUUCAUCCGAACAGGCCGCAAGCCGCCAUUACAGCCACGCCGAAUCGCCGAUGUCGAUGCUCGCAUCGCCGCCGGCGAUCUCGCCGGCGCGGCUGCACAAGCUGGUGACCUCGCAGCCGGACCCGCUCCUCGCGCUGGAGCUCGUCACCGUCACCUCCCCGACCACCACGCCGCACCCUGCCACGCUCCACUCCCUCCUGCUCCGCCUCGCCCGCCGCCGCGACCACCUACCCCACGCGCUAGCGCUCCUCCGCCGCCUCCCGGACCCGCCGUCCCCGCGCCUCCUGCUCCCGGUCCUCCUCGCGGUGCUCCGCCUCCGCCGCCCGCCUCAGCUCUUCCUCUCCACCUUCAACUCCCUCUUCGUCUCCGGCCCCAGCCCCCUGCCGCUCCACCCUCAGCUCCUCCUCCGCCUCCUCAGCGUCCUCUCCUCCACCGCCUCCCACUUCCCGUCCGCGCUACACCUUCUCCGCCUCGUCUCCUCGCGGCUACCCAUCCCCGCGCCACUCGUCCUCGCCUCCCACAACUUGCUAAUCGAGGCCGCCGCUCGUUCCGGUCACGUCGCCGUUUCACUCUCCCUCUUCCACCGUCUCCGCUCACUUAAUGUAUCCCCCAACGCCGACACCUACCGCAUCCUUACCCAAUUACUCUGCCGCAAGGCUCAGGUCCGCACUGCAGCUACACUGCUCGACGAAAUGCUGCACAGGGGCAUCCCCGCGGAUCCGCUGGCGUACACCACCGUGCUGAAUGCACUGUGCCGCAAGAAGCAGCUCCGAGAGGCGUAUCGCUUGCUCUGUCUCAUGCGAGGCCGUGGAGUUCCCCCUGACAUUGUGCAUUACAACACGAUCAUUGUUGGGAUGUGCCGCGAGGGGCGGCCACUGGAUGCCUGCAAGGUUGUUGGUGAUAUGGUGGAGAGUGGAUGCAAACCAAAUGCAGCGACAUAUGCGACAUUGGUGAAUGGGCUGUGCGUAAGCGGAUUAUAUGAAAAGGCGGAGGCUUACCUGGUGGAUAUGGUGGGUAAAGGGCUUGUGCCACAUUUCUCUGUGUUUCACUCAGUUAUCAAGGGUUAUUGUGCAGUUGGCAAAGUUAAGGAGGCUGCACAAAUCAUGAGUUUGAUGCUUGAUCUUGGAGUGGUUCCACAUGUUGAGAGCUGGAGUUCAGUGAUCAGGUGUGUUUGUAACGAUGAGGACUGUAUUGAGGCAGUAUUGUUGCAGAUGGUGACAGGAAAGCGGCGUGGUUCAAGCACAAUCUCUCGGAGUACCUUAAAAUGAGAUCUCGUGACAGAUGCAAAACAAAGAAGCACUCUUCAAUUUCUGCUGGAUAUAAAGAAACAUUUCUGCAAGAAAAUUGUAGUAGGUACCUUGAAACUGGAGGGCAUGACCAUUUUUCUUCUUAAAUGCCUCUAGUGUAGUGUGGGAGCGUUAUCCAGUUUGUCUUGCUGGUUAGCUUCAAAGAAGAUAAACAUUUUGGUGUGUCUGAGUUGGAAACAUUUUGCCAAUCCUCAUUGGCUUCUGGCAAGUGUGGUUUUGAUCAACCAUCGAGGAGAUAACACAGCAAAAAUACAUUGCAUUCAUGCACCAAGAGUGUAAGAGAUCUUAUGCACGGGGCUUCAGCUGCUGCUGAAGUGAAGUUUCAUCUUAUUACUGGAUUUAGAAAGAAGCUUGUACAUGUUCUCUGAGAGAAAUAAAACCUGCAUUUAUCAGCAGGAAAUCUAUUCAUCAACAUUUGCUUCUUGUGGGGAGGGGUGGACAUUACAGGAAUAAUAUUUGUUUUUUCUUGUGAAAUUACCAAAUAUCAUGAAUAAUCAGUUGUGAGGUCUGCAAA